AUGUGUACGAAUACUACUGGACAAGGAAGAGGGCAAAGAACAACAUCGAGAACUGUUUUUAACGUCGUAAACUUCGUGGCUUUAGCGGGUUGCAGUUUUGCUGCGUUAAAUAGUGGUGGUGGUACUACUCUCGUCGUUUCCGCGGCGAGAAUGGCACCGUCGAAUUUGGGCGUUGAUUUGCCCGCGGGAAGAGGAAAAGGAUACGAAGGCGAAUACGAAGAAGAAGGUUUAACGUCCGUCAUCGGCGUCGAUGAUGAAGCUUUGACGAUAUUAAGAAGAAGCAGAUCAUUGCUCACUCAUAAAACACACUGGCACGGCCAAUCGUUUUCCGUGAAAGACCACGUCGGCGACCGCAUUAACCGAUGGAAAGGCGGCAGCGCCGCCGAGCAGGCCGGCAUCGCCAAACGCCACGCUCGCGAGAACCCGAACGGACACGUCGCGCAUAAAGAAUCCGCGAACCCAUUACACAGCACCCCACAAGUGUCCGAAAAAAAAACCAGGCCGAAAAUGCAUCGACGAAACGCGAUCGUUGGACACGAACAGGUUUCCGGAGAGAACGACGGCACCGAGCGAAAACGAAAACGCAGAAACGCCAUCACCGAACACGCCAUGUCGGACGAAGACAAAGACGCGCUCGAAAAAUUGAGAAAAGAACACGAGGAAGAAAACGACGACGACGACGACGACGGCGACGGACCCGGGGGGUGCUGCGGCAAUGCUCAGUGCUUACUCUUCCUUCAUUUCUCCUCCUCUGCGAUAAAACCAUUUCCUCGUUGUAUUCUUCGUGAAAACUCUUCUCUUAUUCGUGCGUUUGUUCGCUUUGUUCUCGAGAUAAAAGAAAGAAAGAGAGAGCGCGUUACUAAAGAGCAGCGCGAGAGGAAACGCGCGCGCCUCGUAUUCUCUCUCUCUCUCUCUCUUCUUUUCGAGGACGAUUUCUUUGAGAAAAAGAACGAUACACAACGCGCUCAAGUAGAAAAGAGACCGAAGAUGGGCGCGAAAAGUCCUCCGACGCAUCGCGCGAUGAAGAAGACGAAAACGCGCGCUCCUUCGACUCACACUCUCAAAGAAGAGAAUAAAAAGACAAAAAACGUGUUAGUGUUUGCAAAACUGGAAGGGUUUCGAUGGUGGCCCGCGGUCGUGCUCGGGAACGUGGAGAAAGGUGUGCGCGAAAUGGACGAGCACACGAGGAAACGACUGAAACUUCCCAAAGGGAAAAAAUCGAGAGAGGAGUGCCAUCUCGUUCGAUUUCACGGCACCGGGGACGUUUCCUUGCUCGCGAAAGAUAAAGUGUGCGAGUUUAACGAGGAGAGCUUUAAGCUGUACGCGAGUGGAGGUUUUGCAGGGGAGAGUUUGGAGGAGAUGCGAGGGCGUUUGAUUGAGAAAGAAGACGAAGCGAAGCCGCUUUCGUCGUCGGCGUCGCCUAAAGAGGAUGAGAAGAAGAAGGAGGAGAAGGAGAAGGCUACUACUAAAGCUGCGAAGAAGCCGUCGCGAAGCGCGUUUCAGAAAGCGGUGGAGGAGGCGGUGAAGUGGGAGCGAGAGAAUGAAAAUGGAGACGCGUCUUCGUCGGAGGACGAUUCAGACGAUUCAGACAACGACGAGGGAAAAGAAGAAGCAAAAGAAGCAAAAGAAGAAGAUAACGCGAAAAAAGGAAAGAAAGCAACGGACGACGACGUCGAAGAAGAAGAAGAAGAAAAAGUUGUUCGGACGACGACGAAAACGAAAGCGACCCCGACGAAGGAUAGGAAGAAAAAAGACGUUGAAGUAAACGCAGCAGCGGAGGCGGCACCGGCGACGGAAAAGAAUAAAGAGACAAAGAAGAAAGAGAAGAAAGGUGUUGACGAGAAAAACAACAACAGGAAAAAGACUGGUGGAGCUGCUGCGGAGAGGAGAGAAUCCGGCGGCAAAGCCGCGACUUCUACCGCGACGCCUCCCGCGACGACAUUAAACAAGAAGAAAACAACAACAUCGACGACGAGGAAGAAGAAAGAAGAAGGAGUUAAACAAGAUUAUGAACAAGGAAAACACGAAGAGAAGGAGAAGAAGACAGAAGAAGACGCAUCUCUUCUUGGUGGUGGUGGUAAACGGAAGCGGAGCGGCACCGCGUCUCCUCGCGCUGAAGUCGAGGAAAAAGUAGACGUGAAACGAGAAGAACCAGAAGAAGUGCCUGCGAAACCAUUAUCAUCGUCAAAAGAAGAAAACAAAGAAGAAGAAGAAGAAGAAGAAGAGCUGAAGGCACCACCUGCGCCUGCAUCGCCACCUCCUCCAUUACCACCGCCGCCUUUACCUCUCGAACCGACGAAAACGUGGCUGGAGUUUUCUCCGAUUGAAGCGUCCUCGUUCGACGCGUCCAUGGUAAACGAUCAAGAGAACGCGACGACGAUUCAGACGACGACGACGAUGAUGACGAACAACAACAACAACAAUAAUAGCAACAACAUAGCAGCGGUCGUUUCCAUUGCGCCCAACGAGGACAUCGAGCAAUCUUCAAUCGUCGUGCAAAACGAACAGAUGCAACUAGAAGAGGCGCAUUUGAACCGAGCGCGAUUAACGAGGAAUCAAAGGAACAACAACACCAAUAGCACCACGAACAACAACAACAACAAGAACAACAACAACAACAUUCACGACAACAACAACAAGAAGAAAGCGCGAGGAGAACAGAAUCAGCGGGAAAAAAUUCUGUCGUCGUCGAAAAAUUAUAGCAACGCUCUUUUAGCAGAGACCAAGAAAUCGGUCUCGUUUGCUAAGCAAGAGAAGAUUGUAUCUAAUAGCAGUGGUAAGAACAAGAACAACAUCGACGACGACGACGUAAACGACGACGACGAGAAAGCUUUCUUGCGAGGCGCAAACGCAGACGUAAAAGCGACAAAGACUUUGCAUCGCGCAAUGUCGACGACGAACAACGCGUCAUUGACAUCCGCGGGAGGGGUGCCCAGAGCUACGCCGCAACACUUUCCACGCGGCGGCGGCGCGGUAGUAGUAGGAGCAGCAGCGGCGCUGGAUUCUCGAUUUUGCAAGUCCUGUCAUCAGUGUCAACAGCAACACGUCGCCUCGCCGUGCGAAUUCGGCGGCGCGAAAAGUAGCAAUAAUAGCAUUAACAACAACAACAACAACGCAGACAACGAUGCCCCCGGUAAGAACGAUACCGGUAAUCAACAUCAAGCGGCGGCGGCGAGUAAAUGUUGCGGCGUAUCGUUCUGCGACCAGUGCGUGGAGAAGUUCUACUCGCAUCUGACUCGAUCCCAGUGUAGGAAGAAGUGCCCGAAAUGUCGAGGUUUGUGCAACUGCCGAUUGUGCUUGCGAAAAGAAGACGUCGUCGGUAAAUCUUCCUCGUCCUAUUCGAGUAAGUCGAAUACUAACAACGCCACAACCACCAUCGCUUCUUUGUUUGAAGACAGCGAGAACUUAGCGCUGGUAUCGCUCGAAGCGACGUUAGAUAUUUCAGAGAGGAAGAAACGCGCCUCGUAUUGUCUCGUCGCGAUGGAGAAAGCGUUCGCGAGGAGCGCCGAAUGCGACGCGUGGGAGAUUGAACGAGAAGAGAAAAAGAAGAAAGAGGAAGAGAAACAAAGCAAUAAUAGAAAUAGUAACACAUCAUCGUCACCACCCUCGGACGAGGACGAGGACGAAGAUAACGACGAAGACGACGAAAAAAGCGAUGAUGUAAACGACGAAUCGGAGAGAAACAACAACAAAAAGAAGCGCAAGAAGUCACACUUUUUGUCGACGACCGUCCCGAGCGGCGCCUUUUGCGACGCGUGUGCGAACGACAUCGUCGCCGUCUGUCUCUCCUGCGACGAAUGCGACGUGCGAGUAUGCGCGUAUUGCAUCUCUACGUUGCGCAAAGGCACGGAAGCGCCGUAUGUGGAAAGAGUGUGUUGCUUAUCCCACGACGACGUCGCGAGAGCUAAGAUUAAAGCGGAGAUGAGCAGAAGGAUUUUAAGCGAAAAGCCUCCCGCGGCGGAGACGAAAAAUGCGACGACGACGAGUAGUAUCGCGGCGGCGGCGGCUCAGAAAGGAUCGUCAAAAGACUCUCCUCUGCUGCGCGUUAAUAAUCCAUCGCCCUCAGCCGCCCAAAAUCAGCAGCGAGAGGAUACAAGCAAGAGCACAAAAAACAACGACGAAAACGACAGCGCUUUACUUCCCAUGAAGAAGCGAUUGAAGAUGGCGUUUAAAACGCUCAACUCGAGCUUCACGGACGGGUCGGACGACGAACUCGAGAAAAGAUCUUCUCCGGCACAACCAACGAGUGCGCAUCACUCUCAAGAUCAUCAACAACAACGCAAACAAAAAGAAGAAGAAGAAGCAGCAGCAUCAGCGGCGGCGUUGAAAAUAGCGAAGAAGUCCAAGCUGGAAGACGACAUUACCUGCGUCGCGUGCGACGGGGCGAUGAAGGUUGAUUUACGAAUGUACGAUUUCAAACGCGUGAAAGAAGCGACACACGUGGCGAAGAAAGAAUCCUCCUCUUUUUUCUCGAAAGUUGAUAAAAAUGGAAACGACGACGAGAGCGCGGAAGAAUGCCCGUACUGUAAAAUGGAAACGAUCGAAGAGAACGUUCGCGUUUCUUCAUUCGGCAAAGGAAAAGAAACGAAAAUUUGGACGCCGGACCAAAAGGAACUUUUGAAGGCGGAAAAGAGCGCUCUACACGCAAACGAUGCGAAACAAUACAAUGAGUUCAUCGCGCACUUCCGGUACCACUGGUUGAGAGGUGACCCUGUUGUCGUUCGUAACGUUGAAACGGAAAUGUCGUGGGAUCCGUCCGUCAUUGAGCGCGCGAUGCGAGAUCCGAACAUUGCAUCGAUCAGUAGUUCCUCCGCGGCGGCAGGUUUUGGUAACCUGGGUGGUGGUGGUGGUGUCGGUGUUGGAGGCGGUAUUGGUGGUGGUGAUAACGAUUUGAACUCAUCCGGAGCAUACGCCGCGUGCUUUCAACACGAUGCCGUCGUGCCGGUGUUUGCAUGCGGCGCGGACGAGUACGACGAACUCGCGAAGACAAAGAAAACUUCGACGACGCCGGUCAAAGGCGGUACUUCUAUGACUACGAAAAGCAGUAACGAUACAUCAGCGCUUCAGGGGAAAAAGGAGGACGCCGCGACAACACAAGUAGGAAAUGAGAAGAAGAAGAAGAAGAAGCUCCUCCCAAAAGCAGCUUCAACGAAUACGCCGAAAUUCUCCAUGGCGCUGAAAGACUUCUUCGCCGGAUUCUUCGAUCCGUUACUCACGUUUGACGGCAAACUGUUUCAACUGAGAGAUUUCCCGCGAUGCAUCGGCGGUAAUCGAAUGAACUUGAAAGAGGUACUCCCGAAACACUUUCGACGUUUAUUAGCCGCUCUGCCGUUUCGUUUAUACACGAAUCCAGAGGUUGGGACGAUCAACUUGUUCGCCUUGCAGUUUCAAAAAUACGUUCUCGGCGGCGGCGGCGGCGGCGCGGGAGAAAAUUUCUUCCAAGGCGUCUCUUCAAAUUCGAGAAGUCGCGGCGACGUGGCCGCGAAGAAAUUCGUCGAGAGUUUGGUGAAGGCUUCGUUUUCCUACGGCAACGGAACGAGAACGUACGUGGAAGGUAAAAGCUCGAUUGAAACGUUUGGUGUGGGCAGCGCCGACGACGUGUGUUCAGUCAACGUGUACUCCUCCACGUCGUUUUCCUCCACUGACGAUAAAACCAUCGCUUUGUGGACAGUCAUUCGCCCACAAGACGCGGAUGAAGUAUUACGACGCGUCGAGGAACACGAAGACAUCGAAGAAGACGCUUUAUAUCUCUCCGACGACGCGCUGGAAAAAGCGCUUCUUCUUCCGCGAGAAGACGACAAAAGCAAAUCCAAAAGCAUCGAAUGCUUCGCGUUUGCGCAAAACGAAAAAGAGUGCGUCCUCCUUCCCGGUGGCUCCUUGCGGCAAAUCUUAAACGUCCGCUCGAAUUGUCGAGCGGACGUAAAGUUUAGCAGCCCCGAACACUGUCACGGUUGUAAUCUUCUCCUUUUCGAGGACAACAUAAACGACGACGAUUUUGAACGCCGUCGCGUGACUGUCCUCAAAGCCGCCAAAGCGUGCGCCGACGUCGUUCUUCAUCCUUUCGCGGAAGAAGAAGAAGAAGAUGAAGAAGAAAGAAAAGCAAACGACUAG